AUGACCAUAAAACUCCCCGCUGACCUGCCCGACAGCGGCUACACCCUUAAAGUCAUUGGCGGGGGUGGUUUGGAGUUUGAAAAAUCAGAAGGUCUCAGCUACAACAGCAAAGAGGCUUCGUUGUUUAUACAGCUGAAUAAGGCCAUCUUUAAGCCUAGUGAUACAGUGAAAUUUAGAAUUUUCGGCGUGAAUUCUGAUCUACAGACUUACAAUGAAGCAAUGGAUGUUUCUAUUUACGAUUCACAUGACAACAAGAUCAAACAGUGGGUCAAGGUCACUCCAGUAAAAGGGGUCAUCGCCCAGGAGCUGACCCUUUCGUCCAGACCAGUUCUUGGGGACUGGAAAGUGGCCGUGGAAGCCGGAGACAUGAAAGAAGAGAAAUCCUUUACUGUAGCUGAGUAUGUUCUACCCAAGUUUGAAGUCGAGGUCAUCAUGCCACCCUACGUUCUGACCAGCGAUUCUGACAUCACGUUUACCGUUAAGGCGAAGUACACCUAUGGGAAACCAGUUAAAGGAAACGCGAACGUCCAAGUAAACGCACACGGCCACCGGCUGGCGAUGACCGUCUACCUUGAGUUUGUCGCGAUUGAUGGAGAAACUAGGGUGAUAGUACCCAUGUCAAAGCUCAAGGAAAUUAGGCGCUCACUGGAUCAUGUCACCCUUAAAGUCUUUGUCAAUGUGACCGAGUCCUUGACCGGAAACCAGAUGUCCGGCAGCGGAACCGUCACCUUGUACGACAAAGGUGUGAAACUUGUGUACCUGGAGAACAACCCCAAGUCUUUUAAACCGGGUCUACAGUACAUUGCUUAUCUCAAACUCACCCAGCCGGAUGGACUCCCUGUCAGUUCAACCAGUGAGAAUAUCAAGGUCAAUAUCAGAGUCUUCAACAACAGCUGGCACUUUUUCCAAGAUUUGAGCGAUCACAUUCAGAGCCAGACCUUGAGCGUCCCUAGCAACGGUCUAACCCACAUCGUCGUCCAGACACCACCUUAUGCCGAGAUAGUCAUCAUAUCUGCAGACUUCCGUGGCGUGCACGAAAGACUGAACAUAAAAAAGAGCAACUCCCCCAGUAACUCCUACAUCCAAAUCUAUCUGAACUCUUCUUCUAUAAAGGCAGGGGAUACAAUUCAAUUUUCCAUCAACGGUACUGAAGAAUUGCCUACCCUUGUUUACCAGGUUCUCUCCCGAGGCAACAUAGUAAAAUCUGGCACCAUAAAUGGCAACAACCAGAAGAGCGUCAAUUUCUCCGUCGUCUCUGAGCCCAACAUGGCGCCCUCUGCCAGAAUCGUCGUCUACUACGUCAGACCAGACGGUGAAGUUGUCCCAGACAGUCUUAGUUUUGACGCCUGUGGCGCUUUCAAAAACAAGGUGACCGUUAACCUGGACAAGACUGAUGUUGAACCAGGAGAUGAUGUCACUGUUGUCACCACGGCUGACCCUAAAUCUAACGUCCAUUUAUUGGCUAUUGACCAGAGCGUCUUGCUGCUUAAAAGUGGAAAUGACGUCACUGCUAAUGAUAUCCGCAAAAGUCUUAUGAGUUACGAUGAACGAGAGUAUGAAAUAUGGAGUUACUUCAGCUCUCCUGACGCAAGAGAACUUUUCGAGGAUGCUGGCGUUACUGUUCUUACUGAUGCUCUGGUGUUCCGAUACCAAUAUCCAUAUUACGGUGACAUAGUUGACGAUACCGGUGCGUUCUUUGAUAUUGAGCCGAUGGCAGAGCCAGAACCAGAACCGGAACCAGAGCCAGAACCAGAGCCUGAAGUAGAGCCAGAACCAGAGCCAGAACCAGAGCCAGAACCAGAGCCAGAGCUAUACAGAGCGUCAGAGCCAGAGCCAAAAUCAGGUCCACAGUUUCAAGAACCUGUACGUGUCAGGAAGAUCUUCCCUGAGUCUUGGCUCUGGUCUGAUCUUCAUGUUGGAUCGAACGGCUCAGCUUCCAUCACAGCCACUGUACCAGACACAAUUACGUCAUGGGUGGUCAGCGCCUUCGCCAUCAACUCAAAAUCAGGUCUGGGCGUGGCCCCAACACAAGCACACCUGAAAGUCUUCCGACCGUUUUUUGUAAGCCUCAACCUCCCCUACUCUGUGACUCGUGGUGAGCAGCUGGCACUUCAAGCAAACGUCUUCAACUACCUGCCAGACGAUAUGCAGGUACGUGUGACUUUGGCGGAGUCUAAACGUUUCCACAACAUCUUCAUCGACGCCUCAGGAAACCAGGAACUGAAACAGGUUGAUGUUGUACAGGAGGUUAUGGUCAAGGCUGGUGAGGCCAAGUCUGUGUAUUUCCCCAUCGUCCCUGCCGACCUUGGUAGAAAUGACGUGGAGGUCAAGGCCCAGUCGUCCAAGGCCGCUGACGCUGUGCGUAGACAACUCCUUGUUGAGGCUGAAGGGGUCCCCAAACAAUACAACAUCCCUGUCCUCAUCGACCUGACAGACGGCAAAAAAACUUUCUCAAAGACCAUUGACCUCACGCUGCCAGACAAAGUAGUGAAGGGAUCUGAACUUGUUAGAAUUUCGGUUGUCGGUGACCUGAUGGGUCCUACCAUCGCGAAACUGGACUCCCUGCUCCAGAUGCCCACCGGAUGUGGGGAACAAAACAUGGUCAAUCUGGCACCGGAUGUCUACGUCACAGAUUACCUUAAGGCCGUCAAUCAACUGAAUGGAGACGUCAAGGCUAAAGCCAUCGGAUUUAUGGAGCGUGGCUACCAAGGCGAACUGAGCUACAAACGCAGUGACGGCUCGUUCAGUGUUUUUGGCUCCUACGACAGGUCGGGCAGUAUGUGGCUGACAGCUUUUGUAGCCCGCGUCUUCCACCAGGCCAAACGUCACAUCUUUGUGGAUGACAACAUCCUCAACGACGCCAUCCAGUGGAUGAUACAGCAACAAAAAACAGACGGCAGCUUUCCGGAAACCGGAUACGUUUACGACAAGAACAUGCAGGGUCAAACAGGGUCAGGGGUCGGGUUGACCCUGUUUGUGCUGAUCUCACUACUGGAGAACCAUGAGGACCAAACGAACACUAAUGUCGAUGAGGCUAUACAAAAAGCCCUGGCCUACGCUGAACAGGAAGUUGCCAAGUUGGAUGAUCUCUACGUUCUCGCCAUGGCGUCUUACGCUUUCCAACUUGCCGGCAGCAACAUGACCCAAGCUGUUCUAGACAAACUGGAAGCUGAGUCAACUCAGAAGGACGGCACGGUGUACUGGCACCAGCAUGAGCCCCCUAAGACCUCUACCGACCCAUGGCACUGGCCUAACCCCACCAAGGCCAUUGACAUUGAGAUGACCGCCUACGUCUUGCUGACCUACACAAAGCGGGGCGACUUGGUGGCGGGCAAGAGCAUCAUGCAGUGGAUCACCAAACAGAGAAACGCCAACGGUGGCUUCAUAUCCACACAGGACACAGUGGUUGCCCUGAACGCCCUCAGCGAGUACGCCAAGCAGAUGCCCAGAAAUAAAGUAAAACUCCACAUCACCACCCAGCUGGACGAUGAGACUACAUACACCUUUGAUAUUGACAAGACCAACUCACUUCUGCUGCAGUCUAAAGAGAAUACGACAGUUCCUGCUCAAGUUGUUAUUACAGCUACUGGAUAUGGCAUGGCUCUUGUUCAGGUGGCUGUAAGUUUCAAUGUGCUGUCUGAAAUAGAGGCAAAAUCCUUUGAUCUGAAAGUAAAAAUGGUAAAGGAGACUCUAAAAACUUUGGAUAUAGAGACAUGCAUAAGAUGGCUAGGAAAUGGACCCAGCAGUGGAAUGGCCGUCCAAGAGAUCGGUAUCCCAUCAGGCUUUGAGGCUGACCUUGAAAAAAUCACCAAACUCGACAUCGUGAAGAGAGUCGAGACACAAAACAAGAAGGUCAUUCUCUACUUUGACAAGAUCGGCACGACGCCCGUGUGUUUAAACCUUAGAGUCAGACGAGUUGAUUUUGUUGCCAAGUCCCAGCCAGCUGCCGUCAGGGUCUAUGACUACUAUGAGCCACGCAACCAGGUAACAGUGUUCUACCAAUCACAACUUCUGAAAGACUCCACCAUCUGUGACGUAUGCCCCAAGUGUGAGAACUGUCGCCCGGUCACCGGAAAUGUUCAGAUAUUAAAGAAAACAUGGGAUGCAUGCAAAGCUCUUCUCUCACGGUUUACAGAUAUGCUGUUUGAUAUUACACAUCUCUUAUAUUAAACAAAAACAUAUUGGC